CAUGAACGUUAGGCGUACGGUGCUUUCGUCCUUGACUAAACACGUUGAUCGUAUACGCAAUGUUUGUAUACUUGCCCAUGUUGACCAUGGUAAGACCACAAUGGCUGACGCCUUGUUGGCUACCAAUGGUAUUGUUUCUUCGCGCCAAUCAGGGAAAUUGCGAUAUAUGGAUAACACUGAGGGGGAGCAAGAGCGUGGCAUAACAAUGAAAUCUAGUGUAAUUGGUCUCAUUUUCAACCGGAAAGUCUCCUCUGUAGAUAAAAACGAUGAAGAUUAUUAUCUUGUGAAUUUAGUGGACUCUCCUGGUCAUGUUGACUUUUCUUCCGAAGUUUCGACAGCGGUUCGACUAUGUGAUGCUGCAAUUAUCGUUGUCGAUGUUGUUGAAGGAGUAUGUCCUCAGACUCGUACGGUACUCCGUCAAGCUUGGGAUGAAAGACUAACUCUGUUAUUGGCUUUAAAUAAGAUUGAUCGAUUGGUUGUAGAAAUAAAACUAACUCCGUCACAGGCUUAUGAAACCAUGUGUCGAGUGAUAGAACAAGUCAACUCCGUCCUUGCGGAAAUGUUUUCUGCAGAUAUGACUCGCCAAAGAGAUGGUAUGUGGCAGACGAAUAUCGAUGAACUUAACCUUUCAAGUGAUGUACAACAUGAUAAUUACGUGUAUGAUUGGAGCAAUAAUCUUGGAAAAGCUGAUGAUUCUAACUUGUACUUUUCACCUGAAAAAGGGAAUGUUGUAUUCUGCUCUUCUGUCGAUUCGUGGGGAUUUCGUGUUGAUCAAUUUUGCCAGACCUGGUCUGAACGCCUAUCUGUUCCUUGUUCAAUUUUACAAAAAUCCCUGUGGGGUGAUUUUUAUCUGACUUCCUCUCCUACAGAAUUGAAUAAAAUGGUUGUUAAACCUAAUGCUAGGCAAAAACAAAAGAAGUCAAUUUUCGUUCAGUUGGUCUUAGAACCUAUAUGGAAUGCAUACCAAACAUUGUUCUUUGAAGAUAAACGUGAUAAAGUGUUUACAAUGGCUCAAAAGGUUGGUGUAAAUUUAGACCAACGUGUUAUUCGUAAUGUUGAUAGUCGUGGAGUGUUACGUGCUUUCCUGAGUGUUUGGUUGUCGUUAGGUCAUACACUUAUGCAUGCCAUAACGGAUAUCUGUCCCAGUCCAUCUUCAGCAGUGUCUGCUGACCGAGCUGUACAUAUGUUAUAUGGAGACACAGUUUUAUGUGACUCAACACUUACCAAAAAAGAUUCUGUCAUAACAAUCGAUCAAACUUCACGUGUACCAAUUAAUUCAAUAUAUUCAACAUCUGGGGCUAGCUUAGCUCUUCAAUCUUGUGAUUCAUCAUCACUGGCUCCAACUAUUAUUUUUGUAGCUAAAGUAUUUUGGACUGAUAAAUUACGUCUCACUUCAAAUGUUACUAGUAAUCCUGCUUCUAAAAAUACCAAACAAGAGAAUACAGAUUCUGAUCAGAUUUUACCAUCAUGUGAUACAGCGAAUACCGAUGUAAAUAAACAUUCUAGUGAAAUACAAUCUUCUAUCCCCAAGCAAAUUAAUUUACGAUCUCCUUUGUUACUGUGUAACCCAUUCACAGAUACUGAUUUUAUUGCUUUAGCCCGAGUAUUUAGUGGUUCUGUUUAUCCUGGUCAAAAAUUGUUUGUUCUUGGACCAAAAUUUAAUGGUAGAAAAGUUCCUUCAUAUCUCUUGGAUACAGAUCCUGAAAGUCUCCCAAUUGGUCCUGUUCGUUUGCGAAACGAUGAUGAAGAUGCCGAAAUUUCAUUAACGGGGAAUGAAACGGGUUCAAUUGAUAAUUUUUGCACAUUUAGUCCAAUAAAUUCUGGUUCUUUACCUGUUAGUCGUUCAGGAUCUGUUGGAGGUUCAAGCGAGUAUCGAUUGACUGGUCCUAAAUAUUUACGUCAUGUUUACGUAGCUUGCGUUGUCCAUGUCCUUCAGCUAUUAGGAGGUCAAUCGGAUUUCGUUAAACUUCUCGAACCUGUACCAUCUGGAAACAUAGUAGGUCUUACUGGACCAGAUUUAAUAGCAUGUCUACCGAAAUCGGGUCUCUUGGUCAGCCGACUAUCUCUAGUUUCUUCAUUGAAUAAAACAGAUAGCAGUGAAACUGAACUGGCUCCUGUUCUCCCGUUAGCCGGAUUAGCAGUUUGGCAUGGGGCACCAGUAAUUUCAGUUGCUGUUGAACCUGCAUCUGCUACAAAUCCUGAAGAUGUUUAUAGAUUGGAACGUGGUCUUCGACUUUUAGAUCGUGCUGAUCCAUGUGCCGAAGUAACAAUUACAGCCAAUGGUGAAUAUAUUAUACGUGCUGCUGGUGAAAUUCAUUUACAAAAAUGUAUAGAAGAUUUAAUAAAAUAUUUUGCCCCUGAAGUUGAAUUACAAAUAUCUCCAUUUGUUGUACCAUUUCGUGAAACAAUUAUUGAUGCAUGUAAUACAACUAAUUCUUUAUCAUUAAUUAGUUUGUCUAAUUUAUCUUAUGAGAAAGCUUAUAUUCAAUUUGAAAGUUUAUUACAAAAGUUUAAUUUAACAUUGAAUAUGAAUUAUGAUCAAUUAAAAAGUCUUAAUUUACAAUUACCAUCAUCAUCAUUAUUAUGUACUACAGGAGAUGAUGAAUUAAAGCCAACUACUACUACUACUACUACUACUACUACUACUACUACUACUACUACUACUACUACUACUACUACUACUACUAUUACUACUAAUACUAAUACUGGGGAUAAUUUAAAAUCAAUAAGUUGUGGUACACAAAAAUUACAUAAUUUUCAUCACAAUUUAGAUAUUAAUAAUUUGCCUAUUAGUAUAUUUCAAUUACCUCAUAGUAAACCUAGAACAAGAAUUCUAAUACGAGUUACUGCUCAUCCAAUGCCAUGUGAAUUAUUAAAUUGGAUUGAACAUUAUGGAUCUUCAAAAGUUUCUCAAUUAAUUCGAGCUUUUAAAAGUAAAGCAUUAAAUUACACUAAACUUUUAUCUGAAUUUGAGCAACAGCUAUCAAAUAUCUGUUCUCAAUUAACAUCAAAAUGUACUACCACAUGUUCUAUCAAUUGGAAUCAAAUAACAACAUCGUUGUUAGCUUUUGGACCAAAUCAAACUGGACCAAAUAUGUUAAUUAGUCAUUUAAAUACUGAUUAUUUUCCAUUAUGUACUGUUUGGGGUAAAAAACUUAAUUCAUCAUUGAAUAAUUCUACUAUACAUUUAAAAAAUGUAAAUAAAAAAUCGAAUAUCAAUUUACCAAUUAUUAGUUAUGGUAAAGCAUUGCUACGAGGUUUUCAACAGGCCACUUUAAAAGGACCACUUUGUGCUGAACCAAUGUAUGGUAUUGUAUUUGUAUUGGAAGAAAUUGUUGCAGAAAGUUUGAAUACAUUAAAAUUACCAAAUUAUAUUAAUGACAAUACUACUAGCACUACCAAUAAUAAUACUACUAAUGUUAUUUGUCAAGAAAAUAAAUCACAUGAAUCGAAUAUUAACAAUGAAUUAGCUGCAUCGUUACCAUUGGAAAAUUUAAAAAAUUCAAUGCCAUCAUCAUCUACUAUUGCCACUACCUAUUCAACUGAUAAUAAACCGGAUAAUCAAUUAUUAAGUAAUAAAUCUAAACGUAAAUCAAAACGAUUAACAUCCAUCUCAUGGUUAGAUGAUGAUGGUGAUGAUGAAAUUGAACAUUUUUAUCACAGUAGUUCAGAAGAAAUUGACCAAGAUAGUGAUGAUGAUGAUGAUGAUGAUGAGAAUUGGUGUUCUGAUUCUUCAAAAAAUGAAGAUAGUCAAUCCGAUCAAUUGUCUGAUGUCGAGAAUUCCAACGUAGCUGUUUUACAGAAUCCCGAAACGGAAACCUGUUUUGACACAACCAAAGAAAUUCCUUAUUGGCAACGACGAUCUGACAUGUCAUGGUUACAUGAUAUUCCACCAGGUCUUUUAACACCAGCUAUGACACGAGCCUGCAUAGCUGCAUUUCAAUCCUGUCCAUUUCAACGCUUAAUGAUUGCUGUAUAUGACUUGGAAUUGCAAGUAUGCUUACUAAUUAUAUGUUGAACUGUUUCUAGCUACUUUUUUAAAGUUUAUAUUUAUUUACUUAAUUGUACAACUCAUAAUAUCAUUGUUAUGUGCUUACUAAUUUACAUUCCAGUCAAGAAUUUGUCAAUAUAGUCACGAAUUUGUUACUCAUUUAUGUACACCUUUCUUUCAGGCAUGAAAGCGACUUAUAUAGGAAGGAAUACACAGUCUAAACUUAUGGAAACUAAAUUUAAACUAGAUUUAUGAAUUGAUUUAUGCACACACUAUAUUUUAGUUGACAUGCCGUAAUAUUUUAUUCUUUGAUCUUCAUUUUCCAAUUCAUUUCCUUGCUUGUCAAUAACAGAAAUUUCAACUGUUUUUCCCCAGGCUCGAAGUGAUGUUUUAGGACGCAUGUUUGGAGUUCUUCGUAGGCGAUAUGGCAAAGUUGUUGGUGAAGAUUUUAGAGAAGGCGAAAAUACUUUUGUUAUUAGUGCCAGAUUACCUGUUAUUGAGAGUUUCGGACUUGCAGAUGAAAUAAGAAAACGUACUAGUGGUGUUGUCAGUCUUCCACAAUUACGUCCCGGUGGUUGGGAAUUAUUGGAUAUCGAUCCAUUACAAAAAGAUGUGUCUUCUAUAGAUACUAAGGAAUCUUUUGGUGAACCAUUUCGCACAAAAGGAGGUUCCAAUAAACUUUUUCGAUCGAAACUACCUAUCUCAAGUCUUCAUGAUGGUGGUGAUGAUGGAACUGGUGAAAAUAUGGAUGAACCCACAAGUCGAAUAUCUAGAGUACAACGAUAUAUUCGGGAAGUUAGAUUACGCAAAGGAUUACCAUUAAAUGAACAAUUAGUGCUUAAUGCCGAUAAACAAAGAACGUUGAAAAAAAAUAAAUAGAUAUUUUAUUUUAUAAAUAAAAACAACUUGUAAAUUAUAUUAUAGAGUUAUAUAUAGUUUUUCAUUUGAUUAAAUCACAAUCUGUUUUGACUAGUACUAGCCUGAUGAUUAAUUUUCUUGACUUUUUGAAAUGAACUCCCAUUUUCUUUUUACAUGUUUCUUUUUGAAUAUUAUCGUUGAGAUUUUAACUUAAUGGAUAUUUGUUAUAUAUUGGAUUAUAAGAUUUAAAUCUUAUUUACUACACAUUCAAA